UAUCAAAAAGCCCACCAUCAACCGCAGUCGUUAGCUCUUGCCUCUGCCGCCGCGCCGCCCUCUUCCCCUCUCUCUCUCUCUCCUAUUUCUCUCUCUUCAUAGCAGAUUACUACUUCGUAUUUUUGCUGUUCUUCCGACAAACUAACUAUGCCACGGACGACGACGGUGGAAAGCCCUGGCUGCCCGCCACUUCGAGCCUUAACUUUCGAUUCUCUCGGCCUUGUCAAGGUUAUCGAGGCGCACGACGGACAGGAUGGAGGUGCUGUAAAGAUGGUGGAGAGAUGGGGCGACCCGGAUUCGUCGAAAUGCGUGCUCGCCGCCUCCAUUCUCGACCGAGAGUCCGACCCGCUUGUUAGUGUUGCAAGGAAAUGUGGUUCGAUUGAGGUUAUUAGUGCCAUUAACGGGGAUCUUCGUGCUCAAAUUCCGAAUCAUGGUGACGAGGAUGAUGCCAUCACUGGAUUGCAUUUGUUCUCAAAACAGCAGUCAGAGUCAUCAUCUAGGGCGUGUAAGUUGUUUACCUGCACAACGAAAGGGCAUGCACGUAUGGAAUCUAUUGAGCUCGGUGGAACUGUAGCAGAAUUUGUUCGCGAUCCAUCUCCAACAGUGUGGGAUGUAUGUGGGUCCGGUAAUAUUUUGUGUUCAAAAAUCGAUGGAAACGAGAAUUAUGCUUUGUUUGGAGGGAAGGGCGUUGAAGUCAAUCUGUGGGAUCUUCAAAAAUGUGUGAAAAUCUGGACGGCCAAAUGUCCACCGAAAAACACUCUUGGAAUAUUUACCCCAACUUGGUUUACUUCUGCCACCUUUUUGAGUAAAGACGAUCACCGUAAAUUUGUCGCUGGCACCAAUUCUCACCAGGUUCGUCUUUAUGAUAUUUCUGCUCAGAGAAGGCCUGUGAUCUCAGUUGAUUUUAGAGAAACCCCAAUUAAGGCUGUUUGUGAAGAUAUUGACGGAAAUACAAUAUAUAUUGGAAAUGGAUCGGGUGACCUUGCGUCAAUUGACAUGCGCACAGGAAAAUUGUUGGGAUGCUUUAUCGGAAAAUGUUCUGGAGGUAUAAAAUCUAUAGCCCGGCACCCUCAACUCCCUGUUAUUGCCUCUUGCGGUCUUGACAGCUACUUGCGCAUUUGGGACAUACAAUCACGGCAACUUCUCUCGGCGGUUUUCUUAAAGCAACAUCUUACAAGUGUCGUCUUUGAUUCCCACUUCCGUAAAGAAGUUCCUGUGCCAGAAGUUACGAACACAGUAGAGGAAGCUGAAGUAAUAGAAACGCCUGCAAAACGGAAAAAGGGAUUUAAAGAUGAACACACAAGUAAGAAAAAGAAAUCGAAGAGAAGUAGCAAGAAGAGGUUAAGUGACGAUGAAGAUUAAAAAGACUUGUUCGUUGCCCGACCGAGUAUGGAUUCAAAUAUCUUCAUGAAAGAAGCCUUGGUUUACGUUUUUUGAUGUUGUAGCAGUAAAUUACUUCAUGACAUAUUUAAGGCCUGCAUUUUUGUUUUCUUUUUUCGAUAUGCAACAAGUAAAAAAGCCGGUUGAGAUGUAUGUUUGAAGGCAAAGAGGAUGUGUGCCGGUUACAAACAGUAUUUAGACUUUUUAUUUAUAUGAGAUAUAUUUCUGUU